CGACUUCACAACACCUUACAUACAACUACAACUUGAAGCACCCUCGCACCCGUCAUCGGCUUAUCUGUGCAUUUGCGGUCAGUGACCGCUCGCGAGAACUGCAAGCCGUGGUUCUAUCACUGCUGCUCAUUCCAAUGUUGAGCUAGUAUCCAAGCAACCCUCAACAGCUCGCGCACCUCCUCCACAUACGCGGCCGUCGAAGGCCACUGCAUCAAAGCUCCGGGCCUCAGUCGCGCUUCGGCCGCAAACAUGUCUGUUACAGAUGUGCCAGCAGUUAAAGCAUACAAGCCACUCGUCUCGCAUCACAUCCAGCGGUUAAGCGAGGCGCGACAAGGCAGCGACAUCGACUCGCCCAUCGUCGAAAGCGACUGCGCCGAACUCCUCGAAGCAAUCCGAUCAAUCCGAGCCCAAAGCCUGGAGCAUGACAAGGCCGACUCACCACAACUACACAAUGCUGCCCUGGAAACAGUGUUCCGAGAGAUCUUCGUGCACAUUGUUGCGACGGUCGCGAUCUCUGAACCGGCAUUUUCCCAAGUCUGGGUUCUUCUCGACAUCAUAACUGUGCUCUCGGACAACGACCUCUGCGAGCCUGGAUUGGGAUUCUGGCUAAUCGAGGAGCUGCUGGACAGCCAAACGAUCGACGGAUGCCGCAAGGUCUUUGAUUAUCUUGAUUCCCGCAGGGAGAGGAUAACAGCCAAAAACUUCAAACACAAGAGCUUGGUCAUACUAAGAUGCUGCAACGAGCUGUUGCGACGGUUGUCACGGGCGGAGGAUACGGUUUUCUGCGGACGAGUCUUCAUAUUCCUGUUCCAGAGCUUUCCGCUCGGAGACAAGAGCUCUGUGAAUCUACGAGGCGAGUUCCACGUUGAAAAUGUCACCACUUUCGAUCCCGCUCCGCGAAAGUCGGAAGAUGCCAUCAAGCCGAUGGAAUUGGAUAUGGACGCACGCACACCGCAGGCCACCACGUCAGGGGCCCGCACACCGGCAUCGAGCAGUCAGAUACAGGAGCAAGACUCUACAGGAAGAGGGACCCCAGUUGCCGGCAAAGCAAUAAAAUCCGAAGUGAAGGAUCAGACACAGCCGCCACCCGACCUGGACACACUGUAUCCCAAAUUCUGGUCUCUCCAGACACUGUUCUCAUCUCCAACCAAGUUAUUCGAGCCCUCCAACAUGGCGAUGCUCAAAGAGGGUUUAGCCUUGACACUUUUAUGCUUCAAAUCCGUCUCCCACGGUUCGGCGCCCAGCACGGCUCCGUCGGAUGUAAGACGGGGACUGAAGCGCAAGCACAGCGAUAUAGAAUCAGACAGCAACGCGUCCCUUCCCGCCUCAACAUUCAACCCAAAAUACCUCACGAACCGGGACCUGUUCGACCUGGAAAUCCACGACAUAGACUUCCGCCGCCACAUUCUCGUCCAGGCACUCAUUAUGAUCGACUUCCUUCUCAGUAUGACGCCGGCCGCAAAGGCAAAGUUUGAAGGACUGACCAAUAAGUCGGUAUUAUACCCCUUCACCCUAUCUGAGGAAGACACGAAAUGGGCACAAUCGACCCGUGCCGCAAUUGCGAGUUAUUUGCAACAAGGCAACGGCAACGAAGGGAAGUUCUACUAUCGGAUGGUCGAUACGGUGUUGUCGCGCGACAAAAACUGGGUGCGGUGGAAAGCCGAGAAUUGCCCUUCAAUAUCGCGCGAUCCGGUCCCUCCACACGCUUACCUAGAGGCCAAGGAUACGCUCACAAAACUAACAGACGCACACAAGGCACCGGUGCCCAAUCCGCCGGGAGCGGGAGAUCUUACAUUCUUGUCCAAAGUCGAGCCGUUGGAGGCUCUGAAACGGCCGUCCACGCGCCACAAGCUUCCAACGGUAGAGGAGUAUUACCGCGGAAUCGAGACCGAUGAUCUGGACAUGGAUUUCGCUGUCACAGAGGAUGAGAAGAGGGAAAUCGAGGAGCGUAAGGCGGGCAAAUUGUGGAGGGCUCUGCGGGCGAGUGAUCGCCGUUUUGCGCUGUGUGAGCGUGUGCAGUACGGCGGAAACUUGAAGGCGUUGGUUGAAGAGGGCCCGAACCAGGAUGUGGAAGAGAAGAGUGGCGCGGAUAAAGAAGCGCGUGAAAAUGAGAAUGGGGGUGAAGGGGCAGAGGCAGUGAAAGCUGAGGCUGAAACGGAUGAGAAGCCCGAUAUUGAGAUCGAGGACCAACCGCAGGUCAAGAAGGAAGAACAAGAACAACCCUCCACGACUGCUGCUACCGCACAGGGCGAGGACGCUGAAAUGACUGAUGUCGCGACCACUGAGGCUGGAGCUCAAACAGACGAAAAGAGCGGCGUGAAAGUCGAGAACGACGAGGACAACGAUCCAGACAGAGACCCGGGGGAGGCAGAGGAGUAGUUCGUCACCAGAAACCAAAGACUGAAUCGCCAGGAUGAUUGCCAACUUGCCGUGUUGCGCGCCGAAUAAUAACAAUCAUAGACCAUGGGCUUACAGUACCUUAAACUGCACAAUAAUACUGUAGUACCUUGAAUCCAGAACAGCGAAUCUGGGGAGCUGUGAAUCCGAAGGAGUGUGCUCAGCUUCCUUACCAGGCCAUGCACAGGG